ACGAAAUAUCAGGCAGUCUUUGCGUAAUUCAGAUAAAAGACAUUUUUUAAACCAAAAUGUGUUUAAAAUUAAUUUCAAUAUCCGUAUUGAUUUACGUGGGACAUGCAUUUCCAGAGCCCUGUGAAACUCUUAAUGCCAUAGAUAAUUGGAAACGAUCAGCAGCCAACAAUUUAACAGACAAUACUUUCCUGUGCGACUCAAGGUUAAAAGAAGGGUGGUAUAGAAUUACUAGCACAGCUGGUGAACGUAUGCCUACCGAAUGCUUGAUCGGUGGAUACAGAUGUGGCACAAAAUAUCCGAUAUAUUUGUCAAGGAAAGGUGUAACUACUGGUGAAGAUAUUUUCCCCGAAACUGGCAAAAUUGUUAACAGAACAGCGUACGAAGUACUUGAUGACCGAUGUGUAAAUGAAGAAUAUCCUAUAAGAAUAAAAAACUGUACAUUAUACUUGGUGUACUACCUGCGACCGACACGAGGUUGCCCCACAACAUACUGCUUUGGUACAGAAAUGCCGUGUCCAGAUGGACAACUCUCACAAACGGGAUUUUCUCCAGGCUGUAGUAAUGUCAAAGCACCACCUAAAUGCCAGCUUUGCAUUGACAAGACAUGUUUUGUUAAAACUUACGGUGCAUAA